GUUCCGGAGAGCGUCGCCAUCUGCUCGCUCCUUCUUCUCUCCAAUCUCUGUCUUGUUGUCGGCGGUGACGCGGCGGAGGUGUAGCCUGACGCGGCCUCUUACGUGUCGGCGGCGGGCGGCCACAAUAAAAGUGGAGCUCCGGACGGAGUCCCGACCGGGGAGCGAAAAAAGUGAAGGGAGCGUGUGUCGGUAAGGACGGCGGAAGGAAGGCGGCACGGUGGAAAACGUUCGGUGUUGGUCGGGUUCGGCCCGAAGGAAACAAAGAGAUCAUGGCGGCUCGGUGCUCAGCCGAUGAAGAUGGAGUCAGCAGCGGCCGAGGCUCAGCAGGCGGCCGAGUCUGCCGAGGCUGAAAACCAGCAGCAGAUCACGCCGGCACAGCUUGCCACAUUGGCGCAGGUAUCCAUGGCAACUGGCCACGGCUCGGCAACAGGUCCCACAGUGACGCUGGUGCAGCUUCCAAAUGGACAGACGGUCCAAGUGCAUGGUGUGAUUCAGGCGGCGCAGUCAUCCGUCAUACAGUCCCCACAAUUGCAAGCUGUGCAGAUCUCCACCAUCGCCGAAAGCGAGGAUUCGCAGGAGUCGGUGGACAGCGUCACUGACUCGCAGAAACGCCGCGAAAUCCUAUCGCGACGACCCUCGUACAGGAAAAUCCUGAACGACCUGUCAUCCGAUGCACCGGCUGUCCCUCGCAUCGAGGAGGAAAAGGCAGAGGACGACUUGGCGGCAGCUGCCACGCCCGCUAUCACCACCGUCACCGUGCCCACCCCUAUUUACCAGACCAGCAGCGGCCAGUACAUCGCCAUCACGCAGGGCGGCGCUAUCCAGCUGGCCAAUAACGGCACAGACGGCGUUCAGGGCCUGCAGGCGCUCACCAUGACCAACGCGGCCGCCGCCCAGCCUGGGGCCACCAUCUUGCAGUAUGCUCAGACCAGCGACGGCCAGCAGAUACUGGUGCCCAGUAACCAAGUGGUAGUGCAAGCUGCGUCUGGAGAUGUCCAGGCCUACCAGAUCCGAGCGGCGCCUGCCAACACCAUCACCUCUGGGGUGGUCAUGGCCUCGUCGCCUGCUCUGCCCACUCAAGGUGCCACCGAGGAGGUCACCCGCAAGAGAGAGGUCCGCCUCAUGAAGAACAGAGAAGCGGCGCGUGAGUGUCGCAGGAAGAAGAAGGAGUACGUCAAGUGUCUGGAGAACCGGGUGGCUGUCCUGGAGAACCAAAACAAGACACUCAUCGAAGAACUCAAAGCCCUCAAAGACCUUUACUGUCACAAAUCCGACUAAAUCCCCCUCGACCCUUCCAGCCCAGAACGACGUCCUCACUUUGGACCUGGUUAGCCUUUGUGCUCAUUGUCUUUGACUGUUUGGCUUCACUUGCCUCAACUUUUUCAUAAUGUCAUACUUCAUUUGCCAUGGGUCCAUGGGUAUAAAAGUACAAACAAAUGAAAAUUAGUGAGUUAGCAAGACUUGAAGUGGAUGCUGAUUCCGAUUAUUGUUGUGAUUCCCCCUCAGGUCCUCACUUGAACAUCUUAAAUUAGCUUUUAUCUUGACCCUACUGACCAUGUACCAGGUUGUAGUGGUAUAAGAGAACUUUAAAACUGCUAGCGUAUGUCUACCUUGCGUCAGGUCAGAGGUGAUGGUCCUUCAAAAUUUAAGCUUCUUUUUCAGAUUAUUUGAUCUUUUAGCCAAAACCUACUGAUCAGGUACUGUGUCUGAUAGAAGAGAUCUGAAACUCUAAACUCUAAACUCUCAGCUUUGGUGCAAUUAGUACAGGAACAGGUCGUUGGUUUUGUCCGAACUGCAUCUUUUCUCGGUACUUUUUAGCUUUUAGUCUAUAGCAUAUGUACAACCACAAUUCCAAUGAAGUUGGGACGUUUUGUUAAACAUAAAUAAAAACAGAAUACAAUGAUUUUCAAAUCAUGUUCAACCUAUAUUUAAUUGAAUACACAACAAAGACAAGAUAUUUAAUAUUGAAACUGAUCAACUUGAUUGUUUUUAGCAAAUAAUCAUUAACUUAGAAUUUUAUGGCUGCAACACGUUCCAACGUGUUCCAACGUCGGGGUCUUGAACUUAGGUGGCAAGGAAUUUAGGGAUUUCAUCAUCUUCGGUCCAUAAUAUCACCAAAAGGUUCAGAGAAUCUGGAUAAAUCACUGCAUGUCAGCGGCAUGGCCGAAAACCAACAUUGAAUGCCCGUGACCUUCGAUCCCUCAGGCGGCACUGCAUCAAAAACCGACAUCAAUGUGUAAAGGAUAUCACCGCAUGGGCUCAGGAACACUUCAGAAAACCAAUGUCAGUAAAUACAGUUCGGCGCUACAUCCGUAAGUGCAACUUGAAACUCUACUAUGCAAAGCAAAAGCCAUUUAUCAACAACACCCAGAAACGCCGCCGGCUUCUCUGGGCCCAAGCUCAUCUAGGAUGGACUGAUGCAACGUGGAAAAGUGUUCUGUGGUCCGACGAUUCCACAUUUCAAAUUGUUUUUGGAAGUUCUGGACGUUGUGUCGUCGGGCCAAAGAGGAAAAGAACCAUCCGGACUGUUAUGGACGCAAAGUUCAAAACCCAGCAUCUGUGAUGGUAUGUGGCUGUGUUAGUGCCAAUGGCAUGGGUAACAUACAGGUUUUGGAGAAACAUAUGCUGCCAUCCAAGCAACGUCUUUUUCAUGGAGGCCCCUGCUUAUUUCAGCAAGACAAUGUUAAACCACAUUCUGCACGUGUUACAACAGCAUGGCUUCGUAGUAAAAGAGUGUGGGUACGAGACUGGCCUGCCUGCAGUCCAGACCUGUCUCCCUUUGAAAAUUUGUGGCGCAUUAUGCAGCGUAAAAUACGACAACGGAGACCCCAGACUGUUGAACAGCUGAAGCUGUACAUCAAGCAAGAAUGGGAAAGAAUUCCACCUACAAAGCUUCAACAAUUAGUGUCCUCAGUUCCCAAACGUUUAUUGAAUGUUGUUAAAAGAAAAGGUGAUGUAACACAGUGGUAAACAUGACCCUGUCCCAGCUUUUUGGAACGGGUUGCAGCUAUAAAAUUCUAAGUUCAUGAUUAUUUGCUAAAAACAAUAAAGUUUAUCAGUUUGAACAUUAAAUAUCUUUGUAUUGUAUUCUAUUAAAUAUAGGUUGAACAUGAUUUGCAAAUCAUUGUAUUCUGUUUUUAUUUAUGUUUAACACAACGUCCCAACUACAUUGGAAUUGGGGUUGUAUAUCCAGGUACUAGCUCUGCUAGAACAGACUUCAAUACCUGCUAGCAUAAGUCAUCUUUUGCGCAGACAGUGCAGAAACAGGUCGUCCGUUCAUUCCAAAGUGUAUGUUUUGAUGGACAAUUUUAACUUUUAGCCUAAAUUUACAGACCAAGCAGAGGGUCUGCUACAAGAAAUCUUAAUAUCCUGCUAGCAUAUGUGUGUGUAGAUUGUCAGUCAUCCAGGUCAUGGGUAAUCUGCAAAGGUUGAAUCGUGGCAACUUGAUGGUUUUUGCAGAGCUGCCAAAUGUUACGGAACGUCCCUAUAUGCUACGGAAAUCACUGAACGUUGACUCGUUACUGCCGUAACGCUGAUUGUUCCGGAUGUUUUGGGGGGGGAAAUCCAGCUUCCAACAUUAUCGGUGCGUCCACACUGAACAGCUGCUUGGUGCACGCUUUUAUUACCCUACCCUAUCCGCCCAAGUGUCACAAAGGGAGGACGAGGACUGGAUAGGUGAAGAUGAUGUCAAAGCCAUGCUAAUUGUUCAGCUAGCAUUACAAGCAGUCGCAAAACAUCGACAGGUGCUUUGGUGAUACAGUACAGUUGUCACAUAGGUCUGGGUGGAACCGUGUUUUUGCAGAGCGUAACCAACUUUAAUCAACAAAAUAAUAGGCCAAUUAAUAAGUGUUUAGAGAUCCAUUCCAUCCAUUUUCCGUACUGCUUAUCCUCACUCACGCCUCACGGGCGUGCUGGAGCCUAUCUCUGCUUAUCCUCACUGGGGUCACGGGCGGGCUAGAGUCUAUCUCAGCUGACUCUGGACAAGAGGCAGGGUACACCCAGAACUGGUUGCCAGCUAGUCGCAAGGCACAUAUAAACAAACAAACAUUCGCACUCACAUUCACAGCUACGGGCAAUUUAGAGUCUUCAAUUAACCUACCAUGCAUAUUUUUGAGAUGUAGGAGGAAACCGGAGUACCUGGAUAAAACCCACGUAGACACGGGGAAAACAUGUAAACUCCACAUAGGCUCAGAACUGUGAGGCAGAUGUACUAACCAGUCACCCAGCGUUAUUGCCCUCAGUUGAAUGGUGACUGUAGAGACGCUUCUCCCGGCUGUUCUUUGCUCAUUAAUCCAUUGCUCGAGUUGGUCUUCCAACUCGGGCCACCUCGCCUUGUUUCCGCGGAAACUCAGCUUCGUCUUCUUGACUUGGUGAAGCUCGUUUUCCUGCUUCCUCCACUUGCGAACCAUGGAUUCGUUGAUCUUGAAUUCUCUCGCGGCUGCUCGAUUCCCAUGUUCCUCCACAUAACUGACAGCUUGCAGUUUAAACUGUGCUUCGUAAGCGUGUCUCUUCGUAGGUGCCAUUUUUUGGGGGGGGUCCUUAGCCAAACCGAUGUUGUUUUGCACAAUACACACCCCGGCGCUAUAUACCUACUGGGGGCGUGGCUUUAGCGUCCUCCUUCACGCACCCUUCCCCCCUUUACGUCCGCAUGUUCUUAACAACAUUUUUAAAAUAUGUAAACUCAGACAAAUUUGGACAAAUUGUUCUGGAGCUGAAUAUUUAUAGGUUGGCCGCUCUAUUUUUAUUUGUUGAAGACGUUUUGCCCUUAAUCCAAAUAGAUUCUGCACUUCUAUAAUUUUAGGUGUGACUCCAGCAGUUCAUUUGCAUCUCAAGAAGAACGAACAUUCCUUAGAGGACAACAAUGUCUAUAUUCUGGAUAGGGAGGACCGCUGGUUUUAUAGAGGUGUAAGAGAAGCCAUCUAUGUUAAACUAGAUAAGCCAUCUCUCAACAGAGGAGGUUUGAGACAUAUACGUAACAACGUCAUGACAUCUCUCCCCCCAAAGGUCUCCUCAUUCAACAGGAAGAAUAGCCCUAAUAAGCUGUUCUGCAACAAAUCGUGUGAACAAUGGACUAGUAUGCAAGAUGGCCUUUUCACUAACCACAUCAGGCAACAACAACAACCAAUUGUUGACCACCUCCAAGGACUACACCUGCCGAGGCAUAAAUAGGGAGACUCCACAACUAAAAUUUUAGAACUGAGGAUGCCCUUUUGGAUUAAAGGUGAAAUGUCUUCAACAAAAAAGAACAGUAUAGUUACCUUGAUUCAACCUUUGCGGACUCUGACAGCGUAUGUCAACUUUGCCACAGAUACUUCAGAAACAAGUCGUUUGUUUGGUCCCAACUGCACCUUUUCUGGAUUUAUUUUUUAUUUUAGACCAGGUUCUAAGUGUGUUUGAACAGACUUUAACACCUGUAUGUCAACUUUGAUGAAAGUAUGAUAACAGGUUCGUUUUUUUUUUUUUUUGCCUAAUUACAUCUUUUCCCGAUUAUAUUUGAUUUUGGCGUAAACGGUAGACCAGGUUCUAUGUCUGCUAGAACAGACUUUUAACCUGGUAGUGUAUGACAGCUUGGGUGCAGACAGUGCAGUAACAGGUAAUUGCAUCUUUUCUGAAAGAUUUUUAGCUUUUAUCCUAAACCAUUGAUCCGGUACUAGGUCUGGUAGAACAGGGCUUUAAACCCUGGUUUGGGGCAGGAACAGGUUAUUGGCCCAAACACCAUAAUGAAGCAAACAUACUGUGGUGGUCAUAGUCACAGUGCAUGAACAGGUCAUUCGUUUGAUCCAAAUACCAAAAAAAAUCAUUGUUACUAGGAUUACAAAAUCUAACGGACCCCUGGUAGCCAUUUACAGAUAAGUUGGGCAAGCUUAGCCACGGACAGUUCAAAGACUUCAAAGUCGUUUGGAAGGCCUGCUUUCCAUGGGAGGACACCCCAGGACUCAAGAACCAGUAGGGCUGAAACACAGUCCACUUUUUCCGGUCAACAACAUAAUGUGACAACACUUUUAACAUUGUAUUUGUCAAACUGAGGUCCUUUAUUUCAACAUGUCCUUUUUGGACUAAAUUUAUUUCACUUUUACAGUAAAACCACCAGGUAUGACAACUUUUAGUACACAAACUGACAAAAAAGACGUGUGAUUUCAAAUAUUUGCAUGAGUAACACAUCCAGUCUUAUACGUGUUUAUUUUUUUAUACAACAUGUGUACAUAGAUGCUACUGCAUGUGUAGACUUGAUGUAUCUCUGUUUAUUGAUAUAUUUGUAACAUACUGUACAUCGGUGUGUGCGAGGCCUAGCGGUCACGGCAGCUAUGAGUUUGUUGGAGGUGUAUGAGGUUGCAGUGCCAUAUUUUUCUAUUAUUUUCAUUCAUUAUCUUUAUAAGGCAAACAUCAAACUGUUUGUGUUAAAUAUAACCAACCAUAGUAUUUUAUCACAUAGACACAAGCAGCUAAUGAAAGCACAAAGGUUCUUUCAAGUGGACUUUUUUGGUUUUGUCUUUCAUGUCUUAUGAACUAUUUGACGGCCAAUUCAUUACGCCCUUUGUUAAGAUGUCAGUCAAUACGCAGGCAAUCUGUUGGUUAAAUGAUUUAACUCUUCAUUAGCUGGUCUACUGGUCCAAUCAUUGCCAAGCAUUACGAAGUGAUCUGAUAUAUCACUCGUUAUUGGUUCAACUACAUGUCAUUACACAGUGAUUAGUGGGUUGUGUCACUCCAUACCAAUUAUGUAGUUGUUGGUUCGUGACACCACUCGCUCAACUGACCACGCUACAUGUCAAUCGCUAUGACUGUAUCGGUUGGUUAUCGCUCACUACUCAUUGGUAAUUCAUGUCAAUCAUUGUGUAGUCUUGUCAAUUUGCAGCGAUUGGUCAGAUAAAUCAUUUCGUCAUUAGUUCAUGUUAAUCAUUACACAUCUAUUGGCCUGUUACAUCACUCACUCAUUGGUUAGUCUGCUUGGCAAUCAUGUCGUGCUCAGUCGGUUACAUCACUCACUCAUUGAUUAGUCUACAUGUUAUUCAUGAAGCAUCCAUUGGACGAUUACAUCACCUCAUUGGUUAGUCUACAUUUCAAUCAUUAAAGUGAAUGGUCUGUUUCACCAGUCAUCCCACACUGGUUAGUCUAAAUGUCGAUCACUGAAUUGUUACCAGUCACUGCUCACUCCACAUUGGCUAGUCUACAUCCCAAUCACAAUGCAGCAGUUUGGGCGCCUACAUAUUUUUUUCAUUAGCUGGUCUACAUUUCAAUUAUUACGCACCAACCAGUUGGUUGCUUAACUUUUGGGGUUAGUCUACAUGUCAGUCAUUGGCUAGUCUAAAUGUCAAUCUUUAUGCAAGGAUCAGUCGAUUACAUCACCUACUCUAUUGGCUAAUCUACAUGUCAGUUGUUAAGCCAGUGGGCUCGUCUGCUUGACAAUCACCGCAGCCUUCUCAUUGACUGACGGUCAGGUGGUCCUUAGACCCACCUCCAAACUCAUGAUUUGUUACUUUGAACCUUACACACCAUCAAUCAUUCACCGCUGUGUAAUCAUUUUUGUUUGUUGUUUUAUUUCAUGAUUAAGGAGCUCUGGCAGCAGUAUUUUUCUAGCUGAUAGAUUUUGCUAUUGUACAGUAGACAUUUGUAGUGUAAACAAGAUGGCGGCUGUGCUCUGGUUGUUGUGUGUUUCUCAUGUCCUGAGGAGCUCUGAUAAGUCAUUACAGUAUACAUAUGUACUGUAUGUGUACAUGGAUGCGGGGAUGUAUUCGUGCAUAGAUGAAUGUUUUAUUUUGUUUGUAACAUCCACACGCUGUGCUGGUGCUGGUCUACACAAGGAAAGUAAUAACAGGAACAUUUCUAGGAAUUUUCUAUCCUGAUGACUUUCUAGUUUCUAUAUGGGAGCCCUUUGCAGGUUAUUCAUUUUAAGUAAUGUUAUCUCGUUAAGGUCACUAUAUGAGUUACUGUACUCCGCUUAACGAUACCAUAGCGUCUUAUUAUUCUUUUUGCAAGCACUUGUUGCAAUAAACUGCACGAGCAGAUGUAGAAAUGGCUCAAAUCAAUCAAACGGACAUAAAGGCGCUAGAUAUUUGUUGUGUGUACAGUUGUUUUGGAAUUAAAUCAGGAAACAAUCUUG